AUGAAACCUAAUGAUAACGUUUUAGUGGCGUAUUCGGGUAGUCAAGCAUCUACGGCACUGUUACAUAUGUUAUAUAGUGGUUUGUCAGAAAAACAUCAUAAAAAAUUUUUGUUUAAAGUUAUUGUGUUUUUUAUCGAUGAGGGAGCUCUAUUCGAAAACUUGAACCCUGACAUUAGAAUAAAAACAAUUGAUGAAAUUAAACAAAUUGUUGAUGGUUACGAUUUUCCAUUUUUCGUAGCCUCGUUGAGCCAAGUAUUGAACUGUGAUAAUAAUAUUAAAUUAAGCUCAUCAUUAGAUAUUAAAAAUGAGGAUGAUGAAAAAUUAUUAAAAUUUUUCAAUAAUGUAAAUAAUAUAACAUCUAAAGAAGAUUUGUUGUAUUUAUUAAAAAAAAAAUUAAUUUUAAAAGCAGCCAAUCAAUUAAAAUGCAAUAAAAUUUUAACUUCUGAAGUUGGAAAUGAUUUAGCUGUGAAACUUUUCACUUCGUUUUCUUUGGGACGAGGGGAUCAAUCUUCAUUUGAAACAGGUUUUUGUGAUAGUCGAGUUUCAGAUUGCAAAAUUCUCAGGCCGCUAAGAGAUUUUCUUAUGAAAGAAAUAGUUUUUUAUAAUAAAUUUAACAAUUUAAAUAACUUUGUAAACAGGCCAUCUUUUACCACAGGACUUCAAAGUAGUGCCAGCAUUCAAAAACUAACCGAAAAAUUUAUAAAUAAUUUACAAAAUGACUUUUCAUCGACUGUGUACACAAUAUUUAGAACUGGAGAAAAAUUAGAUAUUAAUUUAAUUGAAAAUAAAAAAAAAUUUAUUUGUUAUUUAUGUGAUAGUGAAAUAAGGAACAAUUGUGGAAGUGAUUGUUCAGCUCUUUUAUCAUUAGAAUUUUCCAGAAAUAUUGUGAAUGAAAAUUUAGGAAACUGUAAAUCGAAUAAUUGCUGCGGUUCUUGUUCUGAUAAAAAUGAAAAUAAUAAAAAUGGAGAUUUUAAAAAUUUAUUUUGCUAUGGAUGUUCGGCUAUAUUAAAUGAUGUGAAUAAUUUUGAAAGCAUACCAAAAGAAUUCAUUCAAAGAGCCAUUGAACAAAAAAAUAAGGAUUCCAUGAAAGAACAAAUAAUGGAAUAUUUGAUAGACAGUUAA